UUGAUCGGAAGGUUUCCAAUUUUUUUUAUCUUUAACCCCCAAAAUUCGGGCUUACUUUCUUCGCGAGACCAUCGACCCCUUUCUCCGAUCUACUGUAACCCACUAAAGGGGGUUUCUUUCUUCUCCGCCGCCUCCGCCACCUCCACCACUACCAGCGGCAACUAAGGAUGCCGCUGAGGAGACUUUUGGAGUUGGAGCCGCCGAGCCCGCUGAGGUACUUCAUCGGUGCGGCGAUCAUGAUGGUGGGCGUUGUACUGCCUCUCGGUUACAUGAUGUUCCGCAAUAAGCGAGCUCCUUCGUCAUCUUCUUCUCUCUCCAAGCAUACGUAGGUGUGCUUUUCUUGGUCUGGUUUCUUACCCAUGAGUAUCUGAAGGUUGAAUAGGCCUCGGUACUUACCUUCUUCUUCAUUAACCGUUCUUCUGGUCUGUGUAGAGGUCGCUCUUCAAGGAUGUGGAAGCCAAGAAGCUUCUAAUUUGUGGCUGGUAUGAUGUCAGGGAAUGAUUUUUGGAUGAUUUGUUCUUAUUUGUUAGAGGAAGAAAUGCUUUCAUAAAUAUUUAGCUCUACUAAAGUUUUGCUGGUGCAUGUUUCAUUCAUUGAAAUUGGCUUAUUAGUGGAAAUUUAUUUGAUGAGUUUUCAUUGAGGUUUU